ACAGUGAAGAAUUAACUAGGCAUUAACGGCGCAGCUUGAAGACUAAUUUAGAAGUUAAACACACGGUCCUCCAACUGAUUCCUCCCCAACUCAAAAUCUGCCUGAAUUCAGGUUUUCCGCACUUUGAUUUUCAAAUUUCCGCGAUUUCUUAAGAGUAAAAUAUCAAGAAAUUAUAAGAACAGAAUUUGAAAUGGCCGAUCAGAAGAAGCAAUUCACCAAGGUCAACCAGCUGCGCCCGUUGGAUACUGGCCUCAAUCUUACCAUAAAGGUUAUCAGUGCAAAGAUGAUAGCACAGAGAGGUCGGUCUCAAGGGCGUUUUUCCGAGUGCUUGGUAGGGGAUGAAUCAGGAAUCAUAAUUUUUUCUGCGAGAAAUGAUCAAGUGGAUAUGGCAAAAGAGGGCAACACUCUCGUCCUCUCGAAUGCAAAGGUCGACAUGUUCAAGGGAUCGAUGAGGCUGGCCGUGGACCGUACUGGUCGUGCUGAAGUUGUGGAGGCUGCCAGCUUCUCUGUGGAUGAGAGCAACAACCUGUCGCUGAUCGAGUUCGAACGGAUCGAUGUCGUCGUCUGAGCUUGUGUGAGGCAUUGGUUUCACAUUUUUGCCUUCAACUGUACGGCCGGAGACAUGAUUUCACCCUCUCAAAACUUGACCUCGUAUUUAUUGCAUUUUGUUUCAUUAUUUCAGUGUGUGGGGAAGUUUUAUUUUUGUUAAUACUUAUGCCAAUCAUAACAAUUGCAAAAAUCUUUAAAAAUUA